CAGCCACCGUCUCUCAUUUGAGUUCCCAUCCAAUCAGAGCUGGAGGGAAGGGGCGGGACCGAGAGACGCGCUUUGAGUUUCUUGCUGUGCCUAUGCGGGCGUGUUUUUACCAUGGAGAGUAUUUGUGCGAAGUUUGUGUCUCAAAAAAUCAGCAAAGCCCGCUGGCGACCGCUGCCUCCCGGCAGCCUACAGACCCCUGAGACCUUUGCCACGGGAUCUUGGGACAACGAGGACAAUUACGUUUCACUGUGGUCUAUUGGAGAUUUUGGAAAUUUGGACUCUGAUGGUGGGUUUGAAGGAGACCAUCAGUUACUGUGUGAUAUCAGACACGAUGGUGAUAUCAUGGAUUUACAGUUUUUUGACCAGGAAAGAAUUGUAGCUGCUUCAUCAACAGGAUGUGUAACAGUUUUCCUUCACCAUACAAAUAAUCAGACUUUAUCAGUCAACCAGCAGUGGAAAACAGCUCACCAUCACACAAAUCCCAGUGGUCCUGUCUAUAGAGGUGCGCCAUGUACAGAUAUUGUGUGCGACAACCCAGAAAUUGUCACAGUUGGAGAGGAUGGUCGAAUAAAUCUCUUCAGAGUUGAUCACAAGGAAGCUGUAAGAACUAUAGACAAUGCAGAUAGUAGUACACUUCAUGCUGUAACCUUCCUUCGAACUCCUGAGAUUGUUACAGUAAAUUCAAUUGGACAAUUAAAAAUAUGGGAUUUCAGACUACAAGGAAAUGAGCCUGCACAGAUAUUGUCACUGAAUGGUGACCGAGUACCACUCCACUGUGUUGACAGACAUCCCAACCAGCAGCAUGUUGUAGCUACAGGUGGCCAGGAUGGAAUGUUGAGUAUUUGGGAUGUUCGACAAGGCACUAUGCCUGUAUCUCUGCUAAAGGCUCAUGAAGCUGAAAUGUGGGAAGUUCACUUUCACCCAUCCAAACCAGAUCAUCUGUUCACUUGUUCUGAAGAUGGAUCCCUCUGGCACUGGGAUGCCUCCAUAGACAUGCCGGAAAAAUCCUCACUCUUUCACCAAGGAGGACGAACCAGUACAUUUCUGUCUCACAGCAUGAGUAAUCAGGCUAAUGUUCACCAAUCUGUGAUAAGUUCCUGGCUCAGCACUGAUCCUGCAAAAGACCGAAUUGAAAUCACGAGCUUGCUUCCUACCAGGACUCUGUCUGUGAACAGUUUGGAUGUUUUAGGUCCUUGUCUUGUUUGUGGAACUGAUGCAGAAGCAAUUUAUGUUACCAGACAACUAUUUUCAUGAAAAGACUGUAAAUAUAAGAUUUCAAGUAAAACAGCCUUUAGAAUUCCAACUUCUGUGCAAAGCUUUAUUAUUGGAAAAUGUGAUGCUUACAAGAGAAUCAUUGGUAAAUCGCUUAAUGAUAGUGCCCAGUUUUGGCUUUUGUUUCUUGAAAACUCCCACAACAGUUGGAGAAUCUGAUAGAUGACUAAUGACAAAAGGUGUUUGAACAUGUGGAAGAACAGCACGGGAUCCUUGUGCUGAUAAAUACAUUGCUUUCCAAAUGACUAUUAUUGACAGCUUGCAGAACCAACUUUUUGAUGUUACAGUAUUUAACACUCAACCCAGUGGGUUCCUAUAAUUUUUUGUCAGUAGUGUGUAGAGCAUUCCUGCCCCACUGGUUUUGCCAAUGUUAAUGUUUAUUCUUUUUCUUGCAAGUAUUUUUGAGCCUUUUUUUUUUUUUUUUUUUUUUU